AUGUCAUUUACUGUGUUGGCCUGCACGGACAUACGUGGGGAGAAGGUUAACGUGGAGCUGCCGUUCAGGGAACCGCCGGCCGCACUUGCUGAACUCUAUAGUACACUGGAACACGUUUUCCGCGGCGAGGAAAACGACAUCAAUACGAAACGGGUAGAAAAAUAUACUCGUCCUUCGGAGCCGUUUACAGUCAGCCGCGUGCAGAGGUAUGAAGAAGAUACACAGGGGUGGGUAGAGCUAACGGAUGUACGCCAACUGCGGGUGCACGAUCAGUUGUACGUGUUUCGCAAGCAUGCAACAAGAGCUGACAUAUCGACACGGCGCGAUAUCCCAGCGCCACGCAGCAGUUUGUACUUUUCUGGCUUGCGUUUAUUAGACGUGGCGAAGGUGGAUGCGGAGCAUGGGAUGGGCUUAAACCACACAGGGAACAAAUCCCCAUCGACACCAAUAAUCCCCUAUUUAUCACAGCGACCAGGCGCUUCUGUUGGGACAAGAAGUGAGAAUCGAAGAACAACAAACGAUUUUAGCAACACUGCACCCGUAUUUCAUGCGAGCUCUUGUGGAGGGGUGACGAAUAAUGGCACGCUUGUGCCAGCCACGGAGCACGGACGCAAUGUUUAUUUUGGUUUAACGGAAGGUCUCACAUCUGAACAGGUGGAUGUGGUGUUUGCUGUUGGGGAUUCAAACCAGCGGGGAUACUUGACUGUGCGUGACCUUCAGGGCAUUUUCCAUACCUGUCAGAUUGAGUUCCCAGCAGAUGUUGUGGAGGACCUUCAUCGCUUUUUUGCAAAGGAAAAACGAGGUGAGGCGGUCAUGACGCAUCAGGAUUUCUACGACUUUGCACGGGAGUUUGUCCAGACGGUGAAUGUUGCUUACUUGCGUUUGGGCAUCCAUGAACGUUGGAAAGUUAUCGAACAGGAGCGUCGUGAGAAUUCUGCGGCUGUGGACGAGCUUCAGCUUCAGAGGAAGGCGCUAGAAGAACGCCUAGAAGCCGUACAGAGGCAACUUACGAAGGAACAAGAGAAGAAGGCACGUCUGCGAAACGAGUUGGGGGAGUUGGAGAGGGCGAAUGACCCCGACUCCCGCGAGCAGGAGCAGAGGCUUCUUAAUAAGGAAUUCAGCGUAUUCCAAUAUCGGCAAAAAUUGCAUCAGGAGGAGAACGAUUACGAGCGACUGGCGGCUGAGCGACGGCGGAGGGCGCCGAGCAUGGCACUGGGAAAAUUACCCAUGCAGAAUGGCAACUAUUCAUACCGGCCGCGCGAGUAA